GGGACCGGCAGGUGGGCACUUCGCAAUCCUCCGCCAUGGCGCAUCUCAUCUCGCACGAAGACGUCGCGCGCAUGCCGACGCCCGGCAGCAACGCGCCGACGCGCCUCGGCUUUAGCCCCAACGGCCGCCUCCUCACGUAUCUCCACAGCUCCAACAACGAGCUCACGCAGCAGCUGUACGGCCUCGACAUGGCCUCGCUCGCGGUGUCGCUGGUCGCGCGGCCGCCGGGCUCGGGCAACACGGAGAGCAAUCUGUCGCUCGAAGAGAAGCUGCGCCGCGAGCGCCAGCGCCAGAUGGGCACGGGCAUCACGUCGUUCCUUUGGUGCCCGACGCCGCACUCGACGCGCAUCGUGUACCCGCUGCAGGGCAACUUGUACCUCCAGGAGCGCCCGGGCGCCGAGCUAACCUUGCUUUUUGACAAGACGUCGACGGGCGCAAAGGGCGGCGCGAUCGACCCGCAGUACUCGCCGGACGGCAAGUACAUUGCGUUUGUUCAAGAGAGCGAGCUCUACGUGGUCGCGGCCGAGCCCAACGCUGACGGGUCGCUCCCGACUGCGAUCCAGGUCACGACCGGUGCCCGCGAAAGCGGCAAGAGCAACGGCCUUGCGUGCUUUGUGACGCAAGAAGAGCUCUCGCGCUUCCACGGCUUUUGGUGGGCGCCCGACUCGGCCCACCUUGCGUUCGAGGAGAUUGAUGACACGCACAUUCCGCAGUUCCGCAUCAUGCACUCGGGCAGCCCGGACGUUGGCGAGAGCGCGCAGGAAGACCACCGGUACCCGUUUGCGGGCGAGGCCAACCCGAAGCGCCGCCUCGGUGUGCUCCCGCUUCGCCUCGACUCACCGGACGUGUUCCAAGCGCCGAUCUGGAUGGACUUUCACGGCGACGACGACUUUUACAUCUCGCGCGUCAACUGGCUCCUUGACGGCAGCCUCGGCGUCCAGACGCUCAACCGUCUCCAGACCGACGCGGCGUUUCUGCGUUUCCACCCGAUGACCGGCGUCUCGAGUACGCUGCUCACCGAGCACUCGGACGUGUGGCUCAACGCACACUACCUCUUCCGCAACCUCGAACACCGGGGCAACGGCGCGUUCACGUUUCUCUGGGCGUCCGAGCGCUCGGGGUUCAUGCACUUGUACUUGUACGAGUACGCCAACGGGUCGGCCAAUGUCCUUGGCCAGCUCACGUUUGGCGAGGGCAACGUCGAAGCGAUCGAAGGCAUUGACCUCGAGCACGACCGGCUCUACUUUUCCGGCAACCUCGACGAGCCCACCGAGCGUCAUUUGUAUGUGACGUCAUUGUCCAAGCCCAUGACGCCGCCGACCAAAAUCACGACGAUCGGCGGUGUGCAUUCGGUCACGAUGGACGGCAGCUGCACGACCUUGGUCGACGUGUACAGCAACCUGCUGACGCCGCCGACGGCCGUAGUCUACCGCGUCGUCAACGGCACCGAGCUCUCGCCACUCCACACGCUCCACACAACGUCGGACCCGCGCCUGACGCUGCUGUCGGACCGGAUCCAAGCGCCGUCGCUCUUUAGCUUUCGGUCGCGCGACGAGACGACGACGCUCUAUGGUGCGAUCUACAAGCCCGACGCAAGCAUUUACGGCCACGGUCCGUACCCGACCAUGGUCAACGUCUACGGCGGGCCGCAUGUGAUGCGCGUGCAGAACGCAUGGACCGUGACGGUCGACAUGCGAGCGCAGAUGUUCCGUCAAAUGGGCUACGCAGUCCUCAAGGUCGACAACCGCGGGACCUUCCGUCGCGGCGUUGCGUUUGAAGGCGCGAUCAAGCAUGCGAUGGGCACGAUUGAGAUCUCAGACCAGGAAGACGGUGUGCACAAGUGCAUUGCCGACGGCAUCACGCUGCCGGGCCGCGUGGGUAUGGUCGGCUGGAGCUACGGCGGCUACAUGAGCGCGAUCUCGCUCGUCAAGGCGCCCGAGACGUUCAAGCUUGCGAUUGCCGGCGCACCCGUCACGUCGUGGGACGGCUACGACACGUGCUACACGGAGCGCUACAUGUCGACGCCGCAGCUCAACCCGAACGGGUACGCGCGUGGUAAUGUCAUGAACUAUGUGCAGCACAUGCAGCCCCACCAGAAGCUGCUCUUGAUCCACGGCCUCAUUGAUGAAAACGUGCACUUUCGCCAUACUGCGCGGCUCAUUAACGCGCUCAUCUCGGCGCGCAAGCACUACGAUCUGCUGUUGUUCCCCAAGGAACGCCACUCGCCGCGCCAUUUGGAAGACCGCAUCUACAUGGAGCAGCGCAUCGCCGAGUACGUUGCGGCGCACUUGUAAAUCGUGUUGUAAUCCAAAGUCCAAGUGUCUUUUUUUCCAAG